UUAAAUACGGACGUUUGGAUAAGAUCACGUGAUACAGUAGCUCACUACAACCUGUCUUCUCGUAGCUACUGGGUCUGGUCUUGUGAUUAAAAAGGAUGGCAGAGCCUGAGCCGCCUCUCUCAUGUGACUGCUUUGUAUCCCUGCCCCCCGGCUCGCAAGAUGAUCACGUGAUCUUUGGGAAGAACUCGGACCGUCCUAGAGAUGAGGUCCAGGAGGUUCUUUACUACCCAGCAACCAGUCACCCAUCUGGGACCAUGCUGGAGUGCACGUACAUUCAGAUCCCCCAAGCAGAACACACCCAUGCUGUGGUCCUCAGCCGGCCUUCCUGGCUGUGGGGGGCCGAGAUGGGGGCCAACGACAAGGGGGUCUGCAUCGGGAACGAGGCUGUGUGGACCCGUGAAGCCAUCGAUCCAGGGGAAGCCCUGCUAGGAAUGGACCUGGUCCGCUUGGGGUUGGAGCGUGCGGACAGUGCCUGGGGGGCGGUGAGUGUGAUCACUGGUCUGCUGGAGCAGCACGGCCAGGGGGGGCCAUGCAGGGAGGAUCCGGCGCCCUUCAGCUACCACAACUCCUUCCUCCUGGUGGACCGCAAUGAGGCCUGGGUCCUGGAGACCGCCGGCAAGCUCUGGGUGGCACAGAAAGUCACAGAGGGGGUGAAGAACAUCUCCAAUGCGCUGACGAUUGGGACGGAUAUCUCGGCGGAGCACCCAGAGCUGCGGAGUGUGGCCCAGGCCCAGGGUUGGUGGAGCGGCGAGGGAGAGUUCUGCUUCAACGAGGUGUUCAAGUCUGAAAACCCCCCCGCCAGGAUGGAACUGGCCAAGAAGCGCUACAGUGGGGGCACACAGCUCCUCCAACAGCAUGAUGGUUCUGUGACGGCCAAGGUGAUGAUGUCCAUCCUGAGGGACAAGCCCAGUGGGAUCUGCAUGGACUCUGGGGGGUUCCGCACCACUGGCAGCAUGGUGUCCAUCCUGCCCCGCGACCCCAGCCUGCCCUGCAUCCACUUCCUCACUGCCACCCCCGACCCCUCCAGGUCUGUUUUCAAGCCUUUUAUCUUCUCUGAGUCUGUGACCCCAGUGUCGAGGGUGAUCUCCCCACAGUACGGCCCAGACGACCCGGUCAGGAAGCAGCCGCGCUUCCAGAGCCAAGUGGACCGCAGGCAUGACCUGUACAAGGCCCAUGAGGGGGCCCUGCAGACUAUGGAGACCAACCCGGAUGCAGGGAAUGCUAUAACGGAGACGUUGAGGAUGUUGGAGGGCCAGUGUCUGACGGACAUAGCAGCCCUGCUAAGUGGAGAAACACCAGCAGAUGAGGAGCUGGGGGACCUGUUCUUUGACUGUGUGGACACGGAGCUGAAGUUCUACCAGUGAGGAGCGCCCUCAUGUGGAGAUCGAUAGUGCUUGCAGAUCGGCAGGAGAUGGCCCUGGGACUGUUACAUCCUGUGCUCCUGUUAGAUUGGCUCCCUCCCGUCUCACGCAUACAAACUCCCCUGAUGCCAUUCCAUUCAUAAUUAACACAGAAUAUAAAUGUCUUAACGUUCCAAGGGAUUGGAGCAUCAUUAUCAUCUGUACCACCCCAGGGAGCAAUGCUUGCACCACAUUAGUGAGUAUGUGAUGGACCACUACAGGAGUGUAUGUAUGUGACUAUGUGUAGAUCUGUUUGACAUUAAAACACCUACUGUAAGUAUGCCAUUUGUAAAACGUGCUAUUCAUUGUUGCAAGUGAAUGGGGGUUAGUUGACUUGACUGCCCCCAUGGGAAUGAACUAAUAAAAUAUUAGCUCUGUC